UCCCCAAGAAAGUAUGAAGGAGCCCAGGAUUUUUUCUAGAGAGCGGCCGACCCCGUGGACUCGUGCCCCGCUGCCGCCCAGAGGACGGAUGGAUGGUGUCCUGGGUUCCCCUAUGGCUCCCAUUUUGAACGCUGGGAAGCCCGAUCCUUUCCUGAUGGCAGCCAACUCUCUUGGGGGAAAUCUGGGGCCUUUCCCAAGACCUACCGGCCCUCUAGCCAGGAACCCUUCUCCUUUCCCCAAGGCUUCGGGUCCGCUAGCCUCAAAUCCAGCAGCGUUCCCAACUAACCCCAUGAACAGGAACCCGGCCCCUUUCGCCCAGCCUGCCGGUGGGGGCCUGGGUGCGGGCUCGGGCCCUUUCCCGAGGUCCGCCGGCCUCGCGAGCACAGGCCCAGCUCUCGGUCUUAGAGGGAGCGGGCUUUCGGGGACGGGGCCUCUACCCAAUCCCAGGGCCGGCGGCCACCUGGGUCCCGGUCCCGACCCCAGAGCCGGUGGUUUCCUCGGCACGGGCACGGGUUCUGACCCUAGGGCGGCUGGCUUCCUGGGCGCCGGUCCCGGGUCUGACCCCAGGGCUGGCGGUUUCCUGGGCGGCGGGCAAGGCCCUGACCCCAGAUCCGGGGGCUUCCUGGGCACUGGUCGCGGCUCCGACCCCAGGGCGGGUGGUUUCCUAGGCAGCGGGGCUGGGGCUCGCCUGGGCUCGGGGCCCGGGCCCGACCCCAGAGCAGGGGGCUUCCUGGGCUCCGGGCCGGGUCCUGACCCCAGGGCGGGAGGCUUUCUCGGCGCGGCGGGCCCCGGUCUAGACUCCAGGGCCGGCGGCCGUCUGGGGCCCGGGCCGGGGCCCGACCUGAGAGCUGGCGCCCGCCUGGCUUCGGGUCCGGACCCGAGAGCGGGCGGCAUCCUGGGCCCGGGAGCCGGUUCCAACCCGAGGCCAGGCGGCCUGGGCACAGGUCCCCCUCUCAACCCCCGGGCGAGCGUGUUUCGGGGCCCAGGCCCAAACCUCAGAGCGGGGGGUCCCUUGGGCACAGGCUCCGGUCCCAACCCCAGGCCCGACGUCCCCUUGGCCGCGGGGCUCGGUCCCAACCCGAGGACCGGGGGUCCCUUGGGCACCGGCUCCGGGCUGGACUUGAGAACGUCUGCCUCUCUGGGCAUAGACCUCGCCCCCAUCCUCAGAGCAGCUGGCCUCCUAGGUACCAAUUCAUCUCCUUUCUCCCAGUCGGCCGGAAUCCUGGGCUCAAACUCGACGUCUAUGGCCAGGGCAGCCGGGCCUUCCGGUCCCGGCUCCAGAGUAGGUGGCCUUCCGGGCCCGAACCCAGCCCCCAUGGCAAGAGCUACCGGCCCCGUGGGUCCUAGUUCCGCUCCUUUUCCAAGAGCGGCCGGCCCCAUGGGUGGAAACGCGGCUUCCUUUCCGAGGGGAGCCGGGCCCAUGGGCCCAAAUCCAGGUACCUUUCCCCAGCCCUCCGGCCCCCUCGCUCCAAACGCAGCUACCUUCUCCCGGUCCGUUAGGCCGCAGGGCCCCACCCCGAGUACCUUCCCACGGUCCACCGGUCUCCAAGGUCCAAGUCCAUCUGCCUUCCCACGAUCUGCCGGCCCCAUGGGCACCUUCCCCCGAGCUGUUGGUCCCCAAGGCCCGAGUCCAGCCGCCUUCCCCAGGGCCGGAGGGCCGAUAGGUGCCGGUCAAGUUCCCUUUCCCCGGUCAGCUGCUGGCCCCUUGGGCCCCACUCCAACCCCUUUCCUGAGACCGGGCGGUCCCGGAGGUGUCAACCCAGCUGCCUUUCCCAGAGCGAAUGGCCCCGUGGUUAAGACUAUCGCCCCUUUCCCUAGGGCUGGUGGCAUUUUGGGCACAAACCCGCCCUCUUUCCCCAGACCCACCGGCCCCCUGGGUGCAAUUUACUCCAACGGAAUAUUGCCACUGUAGAGACCGCCGCCGCCCCUCCAGGCUGCCAGACACUAAGGUUCUGGGCAGAGCUGCAAUUCUGGGGGCAGACGGAGGACGUGAAGAUACCACACCCUAAAGGCCACAGUCGGGCUUGAUUUCAAGGGAACCACCUCUGUCCUCUGCCUGUGUCUUGGAGAUGGGAUCUCCGUGUUGCUCCCGGGACACGGACCGUGGCGGGCGCUCCCGGCCCCCCGGAGCCGAGAGAAAGGAUCCUGGUUUUUUCCAAGGGCCGCCGACGCUCGUUUCUCACUGCCUUCUGCCGAACUCCGUCUUUCUUACUAAAUUUGUCGGAUUUGUUUUCCUGGACUCUUCCUCAGGGACACCUAGGCCUGCCAGCCCCAGCUCAUGCUGAACUACCAUCUCCACAAUCCCAGAGAAGCCCAGGCAGCUGCCUUUUAUUAUACAUUUAGUGUUCAAAAUGGAACAAAACAUUAUUCUUUUUGCUUUGUACAGAGCAGCGACUCCCGCCUAACCCUCCGCUCGAACCCCCUCUCCUCCCUUCCCCUCCAGGUCAGAGGGCUGGUGGAUAGGACCCCCCCCUUUCCCCAAGACCCCCCCCCCCCUUAGUUUUAGUUUGCUCCUCCCGUGCUCACGAGGCCAGCGGCCCACCCACUCCUGUUUAAUCCUACGGGAAGUCAGAGCUGGGGAGUACGGUCCUCGGCCGGCUGCCCUCCCCUCACCAGCCUCGAAUCCCCCCGGACCUCCCGCUCAAAACUCUUCAAGCUUGGAAGUGCCGUGGUGCUGGGAGGCGGGGGGAGGACCGGGAGCAGUGAGUUGAAAUCACUGUUUUGCAGUCUACAAUGAGGACACUGUUGAUGUCUCAUUUGAUAAUGUAUCAUUUCUUACUUUAAUAAAUUGGAUGGGAGGGUUGCUGAUGUUGAGCCAUUUUUAUUACCAAGCCCAGGAGGAAGGCACCUCCCCGCUGAGGUGCAGCUGAAGUUGGCCUUCACUGGAGCCUGGCCGGAUUUUAUACCUAAAUAGAGGGAUUUCAGCCCUGGCCAGGUCCAGACAAGGUUAGAGCCCUUGGAGAACUUCUGAACUGAAAGUCGGGGAGCCAGAGUUCAGCGCCCGCUGGAGAAAAGUGAACCAGUUUUAGGUUUGGACCCUUUAAGCCACUAGAGUGGGGGGCCACUCACAGAUUCCACCUGGUUGAAAAGCACCAGUACUGUGUAAAACUUGCUAAUGAUGUAGCUACUGUGCUGAUCAUGGGGUUUCCCGAUCUACUUAGUGGCUCUGCAGCCCCGCCUCAUCUAGGUGGUCUGGGUUCCACGCUAAGGUGGGGGCCUUUUUGCCCCCUCUGACCGGGGUAAAGGAUGGCUCAGACACCAGGAUCAGUGCUCCUGUGCACAAACGUUUUUAUUUUGACAAAUACACUGAAGUAUAAAAAAUUGACCUUUUGAAAAGUGAAAAAACAGGUAAAAAAUAAAUACAUUUACAAAUCACUGUAGAGUACGAAAUCUGAAAAAACCUUAAAAUCCUCAUUAAAAAAGAGAAGAGAAAAACCCAGUGUGUUCA